UCAGAAGAAAAAUUUGUAUACAACAAGAUUGCAAAUAUAUUUUGUUAAUUGUUAAUGGCAAAAACAAAUUAAAAUGCUAAUGCAUUGCUUAACUUUAUCAAGAAAUGGAGAGGUCCUUUGCAAUUCCUGUUUUUUCCUGUUAGCUUGCUUAAUAAGGUCUACAAUUUUUGGCAAUAACGCUUUGGCAACUGCUACUUCAACGCCUGUUGCUGAUACAACUAUAAAUCAAGAAUUGAUAUUUGCUCAUGUGCUAUACCGACACGGAGAUCGAACUCCAAUUGAACCGUAUCCUACGGAUCCUUGGGGGGAUUUAAAGUAUUGGCCAACCGGUUGGGGACAACUAACAAAUAUUGGCAAGCAGCAACAGUACGAUUUAGGUCGAUGGUUACGGAAACGUUAUAAUAAACUCUUGAGCGAAAUUUAUAGUGAAGAUGAAAUUUUUGUACGUUCAACCGACGUGGAUCGCACUCUAAUGAGCUCCUUAUGUAAUCUAGCCGGUCUCUAUCAGCCGGAGGCGAGCGAUAUUUGGAAUCCUGAUGUAAAUUGGCAACCAAUACCAGUGCAUACAAUGCCCGAAUAUAUGGAUUCAGUUUUAGCAGGUAAAGCUGCAUGUCCCGCUUAUGACCACGCUUUGUCAAAUUUAAGGAACUCGGAUGUAUUUCAAAAACUUAAUACUAGAUUUGGUUAUCUGUUUAAUUACUUAUCGAAAUAUACCGGCCGUUCAAUGAACUCAUUGGAAGAUCUACAACGCUUCAACAAUACACUUUAUAUUGAAGGGCUUUAUAAUAAAACCUUACCUGAAUGGACUAAAAAAGUUUAUCCGAGCUCGGAUUUGCAGUUUAUAUCAGAUUUUACGUUCACUAUUGGCACCUAUACUCGUUACAUGGCGCGUCUUAAGACUGGACCCUUAAUUAAAGAGAUACUACAGAGAUUCACAGACAAAGUAAAUGGCAAAUUAGAUCCCGAUAGGAAAAUCUGGAUGUACAGUGCUCAUGAUACAACAAUAGCUAAUGUUUUAAACACGUUAAAAUUAUUCAACGGACGCAGUCCGCCUUAUACGGCUUGCGUAUUAAUUGAAUUGCGUUUAGACUAUGAAAGGCAACCGUUUGUUUCCAUUUUCUACAAGAAUUCUUCAACUGAACCUCAGCCAUUGUAUAUUCCAAGUUGUGGAACAGAAUGCCCUUUGCGAAAAAUGUAUACGUUAUAUGAAAACAUAUUGCCCGUAGACUGGAAUUUCGAGUGUAAACUAACCACACUUAUGAUGACUUAUGAAGAAGCCAAUAUUGGCGCGGCUAUGGCCGAACUAUCCAAUGAAUAGAAUAUAAUAUCGUCCACCUGAUUGUCUUACUACUGAACGAUCAAUGUUUUACGUGGUUAUAUAAAAUUGUGUGUUUGUGCUUAAGUUGCAGGUUGGUAUCGUAAAAUUCUAUAACGUUUUCAAAUUUAAUAUUUUUUCGUACCGCGAAAUACGCAAAAAAAAAGAGGAAAUUUGAACGUUACAAAGUGAAUUAUAUGAAAAAUCGAAUCUGAUCCCACAGUAAUAAAUACCUUUACAACAAUUUCGACUAUUGAUAUAUGAUGAAUUUUGUUCGAAGGAAUGGUAAAAAAAGAGUUUUCGUUUUUAUAUCUGCACACCUCAAAGUAUAUUGUUUCAAAAAGUCAAAUAUAGAAAUUUUGGAAGGUUUUGCAUACAUAACAUAUAAACACAACUUGAAAACUAAAAAUUUUGAUUAUAAAUAAUUUAUAGACCACGAUUCACAUAUCAUCUUACACCUUCGUUAAAGGUAUCCAAAAAAUCGGCCGUUGUUUUUUUAGGCCUCCUUUUUAAAACCUCCGUUAACAAGCAAUAAAAAAAAUUUCUAAAAUCAAGAAAAAAUAAAAUAU